CUGGCUAUCCAUUGGGAGGGGGCCUACAGUGCUCGCACCUCUUGCCUCAUUGCCUGGUGCAAAGCUAAUGAUGAUGCAUGCAUCAAACUCUUCUCCGAUUCUGUGAAGGAUGCAAAAGAGCAAGGGAGGAAGAAAAAGCAGAGUGCUGCUCCAAAAGAAACAUACUACUCGCAGCUCGCAAAUGCUAUAUUUUCAAAUGAUGAAGAUCCUGAAGUACAGCUCCUCUUCCAGACAAAGCCUGGCGCUUUGAUCAAGCCUCAGACAGGCGCCAGAUUAACAUAUGAUGAGCUACAGAAGAACCCGCAGACCAAGACACUCAUUGAUUCGCAACUGGACAAAUUCCCAUGGUGGCCAGACCUUCACGGUUGGUGGAGGACAAAUCCUGCCUAUAAUACUGUAUUCUCAACCGCUGAUCCUGGACAAAACUAUGAAUCUGCUGCGCUA